AAUGAUUCCACCAGGGGAAUGUCUAUAUGCUGGGAGGAAAAGGAGGAAACCCAUUAAGAAACAAAGGCCUGCCGUUGGGAAUGAAAAGUCUAAUCCUUCUAAGAGACAUAGGGACCGUCUGAAUGCUGAAUUAGAUCAUCUGGCCAGCCUCCUGCCUUUUCCACCGGACAUAAUAUCCAAGUUGGACAAACUUUCUGUCUUGCGCCUUAGUGUCAGCUAUCUCCGGGUCAAAAGCUUCUUUCAAGCCAUUCAAGAAAAACACUUUAGAAAGCAAGCUGGUCACACAAUAAAAGACUACGUAUCCAGUGAGACUGCCAUACCAGAAGGUGGACUUCUACUAGAAUCACUGAAUGGCUUUGCCUUGGUGGUGAGUUCAGAUGGAAUGAUAUUUUAUGCAUCAUCAACUAUUGUGGACUAUCUAGGCUUUCAUCAGACUGAUGUAAUGCACCAAAAUAUAUACGAUUACAUUCAUGUGGAUGAUCGCCAAGAUUUCUGUAAACAACUGCACUGGGCCAUGAAUCCUCCACAACUGGUAUCUGGACAACAACUGCAGACAGAAACAGGAGAAGAAUACAUUCUCGGUAAGAUGUUUAAGGCACAAGAGUGUGACAGCAUGCCAACAGAUUAUUCUUCCUUUUUAACUCGUUGUUUCAUCUGUCGAGUCCGCUGCCUGUUGGACAGUACUUCCGGUUUCCUUACAAUGCAGUUUCAAGGUAAACUGAAGUUUCUCUUGGGACAAAAGAAGAAGUCCUCUUCAGGAACAAUAUUACCCCCUCAGUUGUCCUUAUUCUGCAUAGUGGCACCACUUCUGCUCCCUUCUAUGACAGAGCUGAAGAUGAAAAGUCUGCUUGUGAAAGCGAAACACAAAGCUGAUGAUGCAGCCACAAUGGAUACAAAUUCAAAAGCUAUUUCAGGUCUAUGUGAAACAGAAUUACAAGGAAGAACCAGUUACCAUGAAGGUGCAGCUUUCACUAAUGUGUUACAAAAUGCUGAAAACCAGAUCAAAGCAAACAAUGGAGAAAAUGGCAUUUCUCUAUUCAAAGUACUAACAAAUGAAGAUCACUGGGUCUGGGUACAAGCUAAUACUCAAGUUCUGUACAGGACUGGCUGUUCAGAAUACGUCAUUGCCUCACAGCAAGCUCUAAAGGAAGAAGAUGUGCACCUGAAGGUACCAAAGAACAUCACAAGUUUGAAAGGACAGAAGGAAGCACUUAACUAUAACUGUGCCAUUGAAACUUUGGGACAGAUGAAGCAUCUUAACUGGACAACUGUAAAAAAUGAACAGGAUAGCAUAAAAGUGAAGUUUGAACCUAAGACAAAUGACAAGUGUUUCAUGCAAGAGGAAUCUCUCAAUUCUAACACAUUACUUUUAGGUGUUCAAAACAACUGCAACACAAACAACAUUUGGACUUUAAAAAAUUCAUCAAGUUCUUGUUCUGUAAAUCAACGCAUGAAUACAUGUCCGAGCAGAAAAGUUGGACCAUUCUGUAACAGAGAUCAAAGUCUUUUAAAUUUAGCAUCAACCUGUCCUUCCCACUGGGGUACUACAGAAAAUUGCCAGUCUUAUUCAGGCUUACAGCAAUUUACAGUGGAGAACUACACUACAGAUCCUGUGAAAUUACAACGUCCACUGAUGUACCCAGAAACUCUAUAUGACACAGUAUUUCCUCUAGAUAUUCCCAUCAAAACUGAAUAUGAUUCUGAUUCUGAAAAUGUAGCUGAUAGCUACAUGAUGUCACAAAGUCGAGUCUGGCUGGAUGAGAAUGGUAUGGUGAAAAAGCAGCUGAUUGGCUACCCUAACAUGGUGCACCUUAAAACAGAAUCGGACCUCAGUGAGCAACUGUCUCCUUGUCAAAAACCAACGCACUGUGUUUACACACCGCAUAAUUGGCAAUGCAUUGUAACAAAUCAUACCAACAAUAUGAAUAUAAACAGACCAUGUAAAGGGUUACAUAACAAAGAGAUGACACAGGUUUGCCCCCAGAACUCUGCAUGUUUGGAAAGCAUCCAUGACUUUCAGCCUACAGACUUCUACAAUCAGUUCUAUAACCCCAAUUCAGUAGAAGAGAAAGAGCAGAAUAACCAGAUUUUUAAGAUGCAAUGUGAGUUUAAAAAUCCCUGCUUGGUUCACACAAUCAAGCGUGAACCCUUGGAUUCUCCACCGUUGUCUGAUAAUGGGCAGGAUGGAAUAGAGAUGAUCUUCCCUGAAAAUGCAUUACCAGGUCCUGUGUCUCAUAAAACAACCGAAUGUACAUUUUUACAAUAGAUUUUGUAGCAUCUGGAAUAUUUAUGAUAUUGAAAAACAAGAAAAAGUUGUAGAUUAUCUUCCUGUUGGACUACAUGAGUAACUACAAUUAAAAACCAAAGGGAAAAGAUUUAAAAAAAUAUUACUCUCUUUGGGAUCUUUGGAAAUGGAGUGAAGUAAAACCACAUAUAUCAUGGUAAAGUGCUAAUUCAGACCUCCUUUAGGUGUACCAAUUUAACUUUUUCAAGCUUCCCUUCGUAUCUGUUGUAUAUAUGAAUGUAUUAUUAAUGUAUAACUAUAUCUUCCUCUUGCCUUGUUCUAUUGUUCAUGGCAUGAUGUGGGUGAAAUCCUGGCCCCACUGUGAAGUCAAUGGCAAAACUCCUAUUCACUUCACUGAGACCAGCCUUUCAACCUGUGAAUCUAAGGUUUAUAUUUUUAGUUUUAGUUUCUCAGCUAUUGCCUUCUCCCCACAUUAAUUUAAUCACCUUCAGGCAAGGGCUUCUCAAACUACAAUCGCUUAAUUUAAAGGAAGACCAUUAUAGUGAUAGACUCAGGGACCUCAAUCUAUUUAGCCUGACAAAUAGAAGGUUAAAGAGUGAUCUGAUCACAGUCUAUAAGUACGUAUACGGGGAACACAUAUUUAAUACUGGACUUUUCGGUCUAACAGACAAAGGCAUAACAUGAUCCAAUGGCUAGAAGUCGAAGGAGGACUAAUACAGACUGAAAAUAAGGCAUAAAUUUUUAAACAGCGAGAGUAAUUUCAAAGGAUUGUGGUGGAUUCUCCAUCAUUGGCAAUUUGAAAUCAAGUUGGGAUGUUUUUCUCACAGGAAUGCUCUAGGAAUUAUUUAGGGGAAAUUCUAUGGCUUGUGUUAUACAGGAGGUCAGACUAGAUGAUCACAAUGAUCCUGUCUGGUCUUGGAAUCUACGAAUCUGUUAACUCAAAAUCCAGUCACCUUACAAAAACAAGCUACAAUUAUUUUCAGUUACUAUACCUCUUCUUUAGUUACCCUGACAAUUUUUAUGUUUUACCAAUCACAUUUCCUAUAUUAAAAAUAUUAAUCUCUCCCCUGUUGCUGUUUGGAAGAUCCACAUAAAAAAGAAGAAAAUUUGACUAAUUAUCCAUUAUACAGGGGAGAUGGUGACACACAAAUUCAUACACUUACAAAAAUUGUGUUACGUGUACAAUUAAUAGGAAAAAAAUCAGACAAAUGUUUUUAAUUUGAUGAUGUCCCUUUAAUUGAUCACUAUGCUGUCCUCUGACUUCAUGACUAGUUCCCAUGCCUUCAGGUGAUUAUGGGAACAAUUUUUCAAAAGCACCUAGGAGUAUAUCUGCAUGGCAAUAAAAGACCCACUGACCCAGAUCAGCUGAUCUCGGGCUCAUGGAACUUAGGGCUGCAGGGCUAUAAAACUGCAGUGUAGA